AGCACCAUCGCCAUGAGCGGAACCAGAGUGCUAUAAUAAACGCUCACAGUCUUCUCCGCUUCUUGGGCCACACGUGCAUCAACAGCAUUGCGAUGGAGCACAAACAAAGCAAUGGCGAGGAUUGCGAUCUGUUUUCUGGCUUCUGCCAGAACUUCAAGUCUUUCGCCACGGAUGCCAUCCAUGUGGGCCAGGAGCCGGAGCAAUGGAAGUCGAUGGCUGUAGUGCCACCGAUCUCUCUCUCGACAACAUUCAAACAACAAGCGCCCGGAAAACACGCGGGAUUUGAAUACAGCAGAAGUGGGAACCCCACUAGAAACUGCCUGGAGAAAGCAGUUGCAGCUCUGGAUGGAGCUAAACAUUGCUUGGCUGUGGCCUCCGGGCUGGCGGCGACGGUGACCAUCACUCACAUGCUGAAGUGCGGUGACGGAAUUGUGUGCAUGGAUGACGUGUACGGAGGCACAAACCGCUACUUCCAGAAAAUUGCCGUCACAAUGGGUCUCGAGCUGGCGCUUGUUGAUUGUACCAAACCAGAGUUGCUGAAGGCUGCGCUCAAAGACAACACCAAGAUGGUGUGGAUAGAAACUCCUACCAACCCAACAAUGAAAGUGGUGGACAUCAAGGCCUGCUCCAAGUUGGUCCAUGAUCACAACAAGGACAUUGUGGUUGUGGUCGACAACACCUUCAUGUCGGCCUAUUUCCAGCGCCCCCUGGCUCUGGGAGCAGAUAUCUGUAUGUACUCUGCAACAAAGUACAUGAACGGUCACAGUGAUGUGGUGAUGGGACUGAUCUCAGUGAACAGAGAGGAUCUCAACGAACGGCUGAGGUUUUUGCAGAAUGCUCUCGGGGGUGUACCUUCGCCAUUCGACUGCUUCCUCUGCAACAGAGGGCUCAAGACUCUGCACCUUCGAAUGGAACAACACUUCAAGAAUGCCAUGGCAGCUGCCAAAUUCCUGGAGGCGGAUCCCAGAGUGGAGCGUGUCAUUUACCCAGGCCUGCCCUCACACCCGCAGUACGACGUGGUGAAGAGACAAAGCACAGGGUGUCCUGGGAUGAUCACCUUCUACAUCAAGGGGCAGCUGGAACACGCCUCCACCUUCCUCAGUAACCUCAAACUGUUUGCCAUUGCGGAAAGUCUUGGAGGAUACGAAAGUUUAGCGGAACAUCCGGCGAUUAUGACCCAUGCAUCGGUGCCUGAGAAAGAGAGAGCCGUCUUGGGGAUCAGUGACACUCUGAUCAGACUCUCCGUGGGACUGGAGGAUGAAGAAGACAUCAUCCAGGACCUGAAACAGGCUUUGGAUGCAGCUCAUCCAAAGAAGUGAGGAGCAUCUCCAGUCCAUCCUGAAUCGGCUCAAUACCCAAAGAGCAGGAGAGUAGAAGGUUUAUGUCUGAAGAUCAAGGACAUGACCUCAAGCUUACUAACGCAGCAAUGGUUGAAGGGACACGCUUUCUUUGAUUUUGAUUUAUAUUUUUUUUUCCAUUUUUCUUUAAGCUGGACUUAAUGUAAUCAGUGAAAACCAGUAUGCAAAUGUACUCCUCUAGUUAUGCGUUGACUAACAUCUUGAAUGUUUACAAAGUAUGACCAUCAAGUUGCGUCCACUACUGUCCAAAAAUGUGAUCAAAACGAUUUUAAUAAUCCAUGUCCAGGUGCUGACACGAGCAGGUAACGUGAUGUGUUUCGGGGAAGAUGGGAUGGAUCCCACCUGUGUGAAACCAAUGGAAAUAUGUAACAUAAACAUUGAAAGUGUUUCACAA